AUGGUCUCCCCAGUCGAGAGACAAGACAUGACGUCCAACACUCGUGAACUCUUUGAGAACCUUUCCGUAAACCCUGCUCCCCAGAACACUGGUUACAGACAAGCUCCCCCGCGCCCGGACAAGCCCGCGCCCAACGGAUACCCGACGAACCGUGGACCUCCGCCGAGGGAACGCCCAGACCGUCGCGACAAAGACCCCUUAGACAUCUUUGCCGAUCCCCCGAAGACGAGCAGUGGCGGAAGAUCGGGGUACAGAGAGCGGAGGCCUCGCCGGAACUCAGAGUCAUCCAUCAUGGAACGAACCCCCAAGCUUGUGGAUACUGAGGACGAGAGACGGCGUCGCGAGCGACGACGCCGGGAGCGGGAGGCUCGCCAUAAAGAUGGAAAGGACAGCAAGGAGUCAAAGGAUGGAAAGCCUCGUCCGUCUAAAAAGUCCAACUACCACAUGGACAUUAUCGAUAAACUGGACGUGACCAGUAUUUAUGGCACUGGAAUGUUCCAUCACGACGGGCCGUUCGAUGCCUGCAAUCCUAACCGUAACCGCAAGGGCUUGCGUACGGCACCCAUGCAGGCGUUCCCCAAGGACUCUGCCAACAUGGCCCUUGGAGGCGCAGGGCCAGUCAACUCCAACAUUGAUCUGAACCUGUUCCACGGGACCAUGGACGAAGGCUACAAUGACUAUUCUACCAGCGCCGCGGUGGACCCGCGUAACAACAAGAGCGAGACCGCGAACUUUGAUCCAACCACUCGCAUCGAACCUGUCCAUGGAGCGGAGAGCAUGGGUCUGGGAACUAGCACGUUCCUGGAUGGUGCCCCGGCUAGCCGGGCAGACAUUCAGCGCCGUGGAAGUGGGAACGAGAACGGUGGAGCUGGUCCCAGCGGGGGAGGCUUGCAGCGCAAGAAGAGUUUGGCCCAAAGACUCCGGGGAAUGAACAAGCCCUCAAAUCCCCGAGUGGUCUCUCCCGAGUCCUCAUACACCCCGGGUGUGUCUACCGGCUCUAGUCACAUCGGAACCAUCCGCGCCAAUGAGAAGAAUCCCUUCUUCCAGGAUUAUGAUGAUGCUUGGGACAAGAAGGGAGCCCAGAUCAACAUGUCUGAAGAAUCACGUGGUACCGUAGGUACACGAGCCCGUUCUUCCAGCAGCCCCAAGCAGAAUACCGGGUUGGAGCGGAGGUUUACCAACGAACGGACCAACACUGGACUCGAUGAGGGCAAGCCCAGCGGCGGCGGGUUUAUCAACCGCAUGAAGAGUUUGAGAAAGCCCCGCCCUGAGCGGCGCAUCAGCAACGACUGA